AUGACCAAGCAAAGGCGUAGCCGCAUCACGUUCGGCAUUCUUGUGCCCUCGUCGAAUACAGUGCUGGAACCGCUCACGCAACAGAUCGUCUCUCAACUGCGCGAUGUCUCGGUGCAUUUCUCGCGGUUUCGGGUGCUCAAGAUUGCCCUCGAUCCAGGGGCCCUGGCCCAGUUCGACAACAGUGCCAUCAUCGAGGCCGCUCGCCUGCUUGCCGACGCCAAAGUCGACGUGAUCGGCUGGAGCGGGACGUCGUCAGGCUGGCUCGGCUUCGACGCAGACGUGAAGCUGUGCGAGGACAUCACGGCCGCGACCGGCAUCCCCGCCACGACAUCGGUGCUCGGACUCAAUCGACUGAUCAAGGGGCUGGGAAUUACGCACAUGGGCCUGCUGACGCCGUAUACCGACGACGUGCAAUCGGCCAUCAUGGAGAAUUACCGCGCGUUUGGCGUGGACUGCUCGCUGGAACAUCAUCUGGGUCAAUCCGACAACCGAGGAUUCGCUGACAUCUCCGAGACGACACUGGAUGACGGGUUUCGACAGUUGGCGCAGCGAGGAGCGGGUGUCGUCUCUGUGUUUUGCACCGGGCUCAAGGCCGCUCACUUGGUGGACGGGUGGGAGGCCCAGACCGGUAUCACUGUCUUGGACACCGUGGCCACGGUGCUGUGGGAUAUGUGUCGCAUCGCCGGAGUAGACACGAAAUCUAUCCAAGGCUGGGGAGUCUUGUUCCAACAUGGUAGCCGCGUUUGA